CUUUGGUUUCAGUGCUGCAGCCAGCAGACCGCGCAGGUGACGUCCGUCACGUCUCUCCGUAAGGACGGCAGGGUAGGAAGUACGGCGAGCAGACAGUCCGUUGUGAUGGACCUCUGUCUGGGCUCAGACGGUGCAGUCUGGCACUUCCAGUGACAUUAUGCACAUUUUGCUCGCUUGACACGCGAUGCGACUGCCGUAUUCGAGUCAGAUAUGACUCGGAUGCUGGUAGCUAGCUAGCUGGCCGUUAGCUUAGCGCUCCUCCUUCCUGCUACAGUCAGAGAGCCCCGGCAGGCAGCUAGCAGCUCAGCUGAUCAGCUGCUGCACCACACGGAGUCCGGCGAGAAGAUGAAGAUGAGGCCUUAAAUGUCAGAUCGGCGACGGUGCGUUCAGUCCUCAAAUACAGACAUGGCGUCGCAGCUCCAGGUGUUCUCCUCUCCCUCUGUCUCCUCCAGUGCCUACUCUCGUUCAAAGAGGCUCAAAGUGGAGAACCCUGCCUGGGACGUGUCCAACCAGCUGGGAGAUAAUGGUUACUAUCAGCAGAGCCCCACACAGGGAGCUGCACCCUCCACCUCUGGCUCCAACUUCAACCCAGUGUACAGCUCCAACCAGGCGCACCCGCCGACAGCCGGCUCCCGGGAGCAGACAGUGGUGCGGGCAGCAGACAGCACAGGUAGCCUUCGCGGACCUCCCUCCUCCUCGUCCUCGUCCUCCUCCUCCAGCCGUCGCGUCAAGGAUGCCGAGUCCUCCUCUCAGCCGUGCGACCUCUACCACAAGCAGUACAGCUUGAAGCGAAAGAGCGAGGAGGUGGACAGCAGCGACAGCGUCCAGAUACUGGAAGAGCUCUCGGCCCCCGUGGUCUCAAACCGCAUCGGUGGUGGUGGGGGAACCACCACAGCUCAGUCCAUAGCACAUUCCACUUCUACCACGAAGAGCAGCAACUCCCACAGCGAGGGCGACUACCAGCUGGUCCAGCACGAGAUUCUGUGCUCGAUGUCCAACAGCUACGAGGUGCUCGAGUUCCUGGGUCGCGGCACCUUUGGCCAGGUGGCAAAAUGCUGGAAGCGGGGCACAAAUGAGAUAGUGGCGAUUAAAAUCUUAAAGAAUCAUCCCUCCUAUGCUCGGCAAGGUCAGAUUGAAGUUAGCAUCCUUAGCAGGCUGAGCACAGAAAAUGCCGAUGAGUUCAACUUUGUCCGCUCGUACGAGUGUUUCCAGCACAAGAACCACACGUGCCUUGUGUUUGAGAUGCUGGAGCAGAACCUUUAUGACUUCCUGAAGCACAGCAAGUUCAGCCCUCUGCUGCUCAAGUGCAUACGACCCAUUCUGCAGCAGGUCGCCACGGCACUGAUGAAGCUGAAAAGCCUGGGGCUGAUCCACGCCGACCUGAAGCCUGAAAACAUCAUGCUGGUGGACCCUUUGAGGCAGCCGUACAGAGUGAAAGUCAUUGAUUUUGGCUCGGCCAGCCAUGUGUCCAAAGCGGUUUGCUCCACUUACCUGCAGUCACGAUACUACAGAGCUCCAGAGAUCAUUCUGGGCCUUCCUUUCUGUGAAGCGAUCGACAUGUGGUCUUUGGGCUGUGUCAUUGCUGAGCUCUUCCUGGGGUGGCCUCUUUAUCCCGGUGCCUCGGAGUAUGAUCAGAUCCGUUACAUUUCCCAGACCCAGGGCCUCCCUGCGGAGUACCUUCUGAGUGCAGGAACCAAAACCAGCCGCUUUUUCAACAGAGGCCCGGACUCGAGCUACCCCCUCUGGAGACUCAAAACACCUGCAGAGCACGAGGCAGAGAUGGGCAUCAAGUCAAAGGAGGCAAGAAAAUACAUCUUCAACUGUCUGGAUGACAUGAUGCAGGUGAACAUGACGAACCUGGAGGGCACUGACAUCUUGGCAGAGAAAGCAGACAGGCGGGAGUUUAUAGACCUGCUUAAGAAGAUGCUUACGCUAGACGCAGACAAACGCAUCACACCCAUGAAGACCCUGAACCACCCCUUUGUUACCAUGACACAUCUGCUGCACUUCCCUCACAGCUCACAUGUGAAGUCCUGCUUCCAAAAUAUGGACAUAUGCAAACGCAGAUGCAGCGCUUUUGAGAAUGGAAAAAAUAUGUUUGCCAGCAACAAUACACCAAGUGCAGCAACCAACCUCACAGUCACCUUCAGUAGCCAACUAAACCAGCACAAUCAGAUGGCCUCUACAGGAGGACAGUCCCUGUCCCUCAGCAGUAACGUCCCACUGCUCAACUACCAGCCCGGUCUCUACCAGCAGGCCACCAUAAACAUCCCUGGUCUGACACAGCAGGGUGUGCCCCUGCAGACCAGGCCCACCCAGCUCUGCACCCAGACCGAGCCCUUCCAGCAAACACUCAUAGUUUGCCCCCCCACCAUCCAGAGUCUUCAAACAUCCAGUAAGCCCUCUGGUUAUCCAGUCAGGAUGGACAAUUCAGUACCCUUAGUUCCUCAGAACCAGUCGUCCCAGUCUCUUCACAUCCAGCCCAGCAUGCUGACCCAGGCCUCCCUCGACCCCCUGCUGGUUAGCAGCCUGUUCUCCUCAGUCGCAGGAUUACCACGUUUAGACUCGGUCCGGGUGCCAGUCGGCCGCAGGGGUGAAAGCCUCGGUGGCUUACUGGAUCAGAAUGCCUCCAUGCUGCAGGGCUGGCCAGCGGGCACACAGCAGAUCCUCAUCCCUUCCACGUGGCAGCAGAUGCCGGGCAUGGCCAUCCAUAACCCUGGGCAAGCUGUAGUGCCCGACUCACCCAUGGGAGCCCCGGUUUCCGACAGCCAACAAGCUUCUGGCUGGAGGGGUCGUCAUGGAAGCCAAUACGACGGCAUCAGUCAGCAGGACUCCAGUGUCGGCCGUCACGCUGCCUCACAAAGCCACAACUCAGGGGCCGCUCACUCAAGGGCCCAACAGGGCAAGAGGUCGAAGGGCCGACAUGCGGAGAGCAGAACCAGGCUUGUGUCUUCGGUGCAUUCGACCACCUCUGUGGUCCGUAACCCUUCUUUUGCUGGUGACCAGUCUCAGCCCAUCGUCAUCUCUGACACACCGAGUCCUGCUGUCAGCAUCAUCACCAUCCACAGCGACUCAGAUGAUGACGAUGACAGGAAGUUCCCUGCCGCCUGCUCUGGAACAAGCCAGAGGACCAAUGUGAUCAGCUGUGUGACAGUACAUGACUCCCAUGACUCUGACUCCUCUACUAGCAGCCCCCUGAGCCCUAAGACCACCUCUCAGCCCACCAAGUCCCUGGCCAUCGUCACACCCUCUGUGAAGAGCCUGCCAGGGGAGAGCACAACCCACAAAGCUCCAGCACCUGCAGAUCAAUCUACUAGUGGCUCUGGAAAGUCCAAGAAGGGGUCAAGUCAGCAGUCCAGUAGGCCAGCAGAUUCCAACACUGAGCGCCAUCAACGGACUGCAUCCAACAGAUCUCAGCCUCUGAACCUGAGUCAGGUACAGCAGUCUGUGAUGUCAUCGUCCCACGACCAACCAGGCAGCAGCGGUUCCCUGAGGCGGCAGCCCACAUACCCCCCUCCAGUCUCCUCUCACUCAUCCUACAACAACCUCUUCAGUUCAACCCCGAACUUGUACGCCUACCCGGCCUCUGCCGCGCUGGCCUCUGUGUCCCAAGCCGUGGACCAGAUGCAUGGGGGCUCAUCCCGCCACAGCAGGGCGAGUGGUGCUUACUCUUCCUUGGCGUUGCUCCAGAAGAACGGCAGCCUGGCCCUGGGAGGGUCUGCUCCAGGACAGUACAGCAACCACCACCACCACCACCACCAACAGCAGCAGCAGCAGCAGCAGCAGCAGCAGCAGCAGCUGGGAGGGCAGACUUUCCACCACUCAAGCGCAGCUUACCAGCGAAAACUCAACCAGUAUCCCUACCUUUAAAGACCGAUGGCUGAUUGAGACUGAAGCACGAAGACCAAACGGAGACCGAGACCAGAGAGGAGCACAAGCUCAUCGCAGGUGACUGUGAACACACUCGUUUUCAACUUGACUUUCCUUUCCAGUCCUGUCCUUAUUUCUCUGAUCAUUUUGGACUAAAUAAUCACAGAAUGUAUUUCUGUUUUAAUGGCAGUCUAAUUUUAUUUGAAUCUUUCCCAGCUUUGGAGUUUCUUUGUGUUGCGUACAGCCUGUUGACAGCGACACACAGUGCAGUCUGUACCUGAACAGGAACGUAGUUCUUGUUGUGUUGGCCCUUACAUGAAACCAUAUUUAAGAGGUGAAAGUGCUGAUGUUCAGCUUUAAUUUAGGGGUGUUUGCAUCAGAUGAAAAGAGGAGGAUCUGUAGCCCUUUUUAUACAUAGUUCCCAACUUCAGGGGACCAAAACAUGAAGCUGAAAAUUUUAUUUACAGACUGCAAUUUUGAAUUGGUUUUUAUUGUGUUAGGCCCCACGUUUUUAUUUCACUUUAGAAACGUGUGUUGAAGAGAAACUGGAACUUGCUGCUCUCUUAUUAUCAUAAUCAUUAUUAUUAUUAUCAUUUUAUUAUUAUUAUUGUUGUCAGAAUCCAGUAAUUGUUUAAAAUGUGCAUUUAUAUUUACAUAACCACGUUACUUAUUCAGACGGUUUUUUUUAUUUGAAACUUGCGUCAGCACGGUGUGACACGUUAGAUGAGUGUGUCGUGUGUUUCAUUAAUAACUGUACUGUGUUUUAUCUGUGUUGUGAAAAAACGGAAAACUUAAGCUGUGUGUGCUGUACUGUAUAAUGGAUGUGUUACUGUGUUCUUCAAAUGUUUUCCUUUCUGUUUUAUUACUGGCCACUGACUUGAUUAGGUUAAUGUGUUUAGUACGUUGAACGAUGCAGUACGUUUGGGCAUAGAGUUUAGAGGGGAUUGUGAUGGUUUAUUUUCGUUUUGUUUUUUUUUUUUUACAGUUUUAAGAGUUAAUCUUAAGGUUGCAUGUGUCUGACAUGGAGUAGCAUUCAGGAAAAGUUCGCAAACUGCACCUUCGCUGAUUUUCAGUGUCGCUCGCAGGAUUAUUUGUGUUAUGUUUGAUUUGUACGACAAACACAUUAAUGAUAUUGGGAUAAUGUAAAAGCUCUCGUCUUGUGAUGUUUGUGGAGUAAAGCGUGCACAUAAAAUCUGAUUGGGAUUCACACUAUUGUGUAAAAGUACAAACCAUUUAGAUUGCAACUGUUAAAUUCACAGUAAUGCGUGUGAAUAAGCAAAUCCGACAAAGACGAUUUAGAGAAUUGAUGUUCCGUAUGUAACCGCUUUUAAACAAAUCAUCGGUUUGGUGAAAUGAUGGUUGUUCUUACAAACCUGCUGUGUUGUGAAGUGCUACAUUACAUAGAACACACAAUGAACCUUAACCUGCAUAUACAAAAUAAAAUCAACUUUAAACACGAUUUGGGAUUCAUUAAUGACUUAAAUUUAAGAAUCGCUUUCAGAUUAGCAGAUUAUACAUCCAUAGCCUGCAUCCAACAACUAUUUUCAUUUUGAACUGAUUGACAGUUAUAUGAGCUGAUGUUUUACAAAUGAUUUACAAACAGUCCAAUUUUUUUUUUCCUUAAAAAAUAACUUCAGAUGAAUCGAUUAACAAAGCAGCUUCCAGUUAAUGUGGGGAUUGUCUAAAAGUUGAAGCUGUUAAACGCUGCACAGAUUUGUUGAAACGCAUUUUGUGUUAGUGCUAAUUAGCUAAUUCUAGCAUGCUAACACAGUAAAAAAAAAAACCUGCUAAACAUCAGCAUGUUACAGCC